CCGGCGGGCCGCCCCCGCCCGCGGCAGCCCCCCGAGCAGCGGCCCGGCACCGGCGCCUUCCCGGCGGGUGAGAGUGAGUCAUGGAGCUGCGUGUGGGAAACAAGUACCGCCUGGGACGGAAGAUCGGGAGUGGGUCUUUUGGAGACAUCUACCUGGGUGCCAACAUUGCCUCUGGUGAAGAAGUUGCCAUCAAGCUCGAGUGUGUGAAAACGAAGCACCCGCAGCUGCACAUCGAGAGCAAGUUCUACAAGAUGAUGCAGGGAGGAGUGGGAAUCCCGUCCAUCAAGUGGUGCGGAGCCGAGGGGGACUACAAUGUGAUGGUCAUGGAGCUGCUGGGGCCCAGCCUCGAGGACCUCUUCAACUUCUGCUCCCGCAAGUUCAGCCUCAAGACGGUGCUGCUCCUGGCCGACCAGAUGAUCAGCCGCAUCGAGUACAUCCACUCCAAGAACUUCAUACACCGGGAUGUCAAGCCUGACAACUUCCUCAUGGGGCUGGGGAAGAAGGGCAACCUGGUGUACAUCAUCGACUUCGGCCUGGCCAAGAAGUAUCGGGACGCCCGCACGCACCAGCACAUCCCCUAUCGGGAAAACAAGAACUUAACCGGCACUGCCCGCUACGCCUCCAUCAACACCCACCUGGGCAUCGAGCAAAGCCGUCGAGAUGACCUGGAGAGUCUGGGCUACGUGCUCAUGUACUUCAACCUAGGGUCCCUGCCCUGGCAGGGCCUCAAAGCAGCCACCAAGCGCCAGAAGUACGAGCGCAUCAGUGAGAAGAAGAUGUCGACACCGAUUGAGGUCCUCUGCAAAGGCUACCCCUCUGAGUUCUCAACAUACCUCAACUUCUGCCGCUCCCUGCGGUUCGACGACAAGCCUGACUACUCGUACCUGCGCCAGCUCUUCCGCAACCUCUUCCACCGGCAGGGCUUCUCCUAUGACUACGUCUUCGACUGGAACAUGCUCAAAUUCGGGGCUUCCUCGAGUCAGGCUCAGCCCCGUGACAACGAAGCCAUUGCGCUGCCCUGCCCCCGCCCCCGUCCCUGGGCCGGGCCCACGUACUCACCCUCCUACUGGUGCCCGGCGCCCCUGGGCACCCAGGGCCCUCCAGAUAGGCCUGUGGAGGAGGUGGAGGAGCUGCCCCCCCAAAACUACUGGCCUGUGGUCUGGACUCCGGGGCCCCAGUUCUGACGUCACCAGGUGUGUCUGCGCCCAUCGGGGCCAGGCCUGAGGAGGUGUCCCUUGGCGUUGGUGGGGUGCGGUGGAGAGGGAGUGGUGGAGAAGGCCCUCCCGUGAGAUUCUUGGGGACGAAUCAGCUGCCUGAUGAACAGAGCCUGAAGGAGGGAUGACGUUCACUGCCCUGGAGGGCCUGGUGGGAACGGGCACUGGGAGCAGCCUCAGCAAGACCCCGACGGUGGCCUCUCUGUUGCACCUGAACUCAUUAAACGCCCCCAGCCUGUAUCGCACUUCAUGCUGGUGUGCCUCUCCUUUUGUGGUGGAUGCCAGAUGCUCAGGACCCGAGGGCUUAUCCUCUUGGACACUGGGGUCAGCACUUGGUCUGGCGCCCCUCUUCUCUCUCGGCUUGGGGCAGUACUGUUCCCUGAGGAGUUUGACAGGUCAGGCAGAGAACAUCAGUCCCACGGGCCAAGGGACCUGAGGGGUGGGGGUGGGCAAAGGGCAGUGGGGCACCUUUCACCCCAGACCUUCCAGCUGGGAGUGUGGCCAGGGGCCAGGGGCCAGCUCUUCUCACCAAAGGGCGUUCACUGCUCAAGGCAUCUGGACAUCUGUGUAGAAAAUUUUUCCCGGGCCUGCUGUGGGGAUGGGCUUGGCCCUUCCUCUCAGUGUAGCUCCAAGAAACGGGUGUUAUGUUGUCUAGGCUUGCACCAUGCAGUAUGGUAGCCACUGGCUACGUGUGGCUAAUUUUAAUUAAAAGGAAUCAAAGCUGAAAAUGUAGUUGCUCACUUGCAUUUGCUACAUUUCAAGUUGUCAGGAGCCACAUGUGUUUGCUUAAUGGCUACCACGUCCAAUAAGGCAGACAUGAACAUUUCCAUCAUCACGGAAAGUUCUGUGGGACAGUGGUACUCUAGAUGGGUUCUCACAGAACCUCUCAUGGGACCAUCCAGCUGACAAGAUCUCAUCUCAACCCAGGCCAAGAGCACCCCCCACCCACCCAUGGCUGGUACUCUGACCCCUUCCUGGGGUUCCCUCUGAAGCAGGCUCUAGAGUCAGAAGCUGAGCAGAGGUGCCACCAGCCUUAUUCUGCAUCUCUGACUUGAGGGUCCUGGAUGGGAUCCCUGGGCGCCUUUGACCCCAUCACCACCACGGUGAACUCCACCGUCUCUACCUGCCUGUUGGCGGAAGCAUCUGACAUGUGAUAUGGGGACCGUCCAUGCCUUCACCCCAAGGCCAGGCCCCUGGUGCCAUUACCAGCACCGCCCUACAGACGGGACCCCACGCCAGGCACCAAGGGCUACGGACUCCUGCCAGAAGGAUUGCACCCUUGACAGAGCUUCUCUCCGUGAAGUGGCCACCCCAUUCGGUGUCAGGGCCCUGGAGCCCCCGGAUCCCUGGAGCUCGGGACAUUGCUGUCGGCACCCACAACCCCUGUAUUCCGAGGUCCACCCAGCAGGCCAGCAGGAGACUCAGUGUAGCCAAGGACAGGGGUCCGCACGACAGAGGUGGAUUCUUGUGUGACUUUGAUGUUGAUCUUUUGUGUUUUCUGUGGGCAAAUAAAAGCCAAGAAACCUC